AUGGUUCAAACAAAGACCGCUGCGAGCGAUCUGCGGCCCCGACCGGGCGCAGAUGCAUGGAAGAAUAAGCCAUUUGAAGAGCUGACCUUUGCGCAAAAGGCGCUUAUGACACUCGGCUUAGUGAAGCGUGAUGAUCCCAACUUCAGCUUCCCGAAACCAGAGAAAAAAAUACCAGUGUUUUUGGAAUGGCAGCAACACAAGAAGCUGUUCCCAAUGAUUUUCCUUACAUUUGUAUUAAGAUGGAUUUAUAUGAGGACGACGGGGAACACCAUCCACCCGCUCGCUAUGUACGGUUUCACGUUGCUUGUUGGCUCGGUCAUCGUGGAUCGCCAAGUCAAGUUCUUGGUUGAUGCAGUGAAACGGUACGGAUAUCUGGACGCUGGUGCGGAGCGUGACUCAGUUCCGGAAGGUAUGACGGGGAAACUGGGCAAGGAAUUCUUGGUGGGUUUCCUGGUGCGCCCACUGUUGGUUCACGUGUUGUCGUACAAUCGAUUUGAGAUGCCCAGCUUGUCUCUUUGGCUUCCUGUGCAGCUCUUUAUCUUUACGAUGAUCGUAGACUUCAUUUAUUACUGGGUGCACCGUGCCACUCACGAAGUACCUUUUCUCUGGAAAUAUCACAGUCGCCACCACACGACCAAGCACCCUGUUGUGUAUCUUGCGGCAUUUGCGGACGAGCCGCAAGAGGUUUUCGAUGUUUUGGGGUCACCCGUUAUUGCAUACUUGCUCUAUCCGAUCGGAUACGACGCAUUCCUAAUCUGGUCGUUUUAUUUCGUCUGCGUGGAGCUCCUUGGCCACACUGGGAUGCGCGUCUAUUACCCUGCGUUGAUUACUUCUACACUCUUGCGCCCCUUUGGCUUGGAAGGUAUCGUGGAGGACCAUGAUUUGCACCACCGCAUGGGAUGGCGUGAUAGCUUCAAUUACAGCAAGCAAUCGGGUUUCUGGGAUACGCUUUUUGGAACAUUUGGCGAACGGGUCGAGUGCGUGCCUGAGAAUAUCGACUACAACUUUUCUAUUUAA